AUGGGCUUUAUAAAGAGCUUAGGAAUGGCCAGGGAGUGGAGUUUCCAGCGGGCCAUCGAAGCAGCAAGAGUGGAAGACAGCCGCCAAAGAUCCAGCAAGGUGGAACGUUCAAAGCGGAAUCCAGGGCAGAAGGAGGGCGAUACGUCCCGAAGACGCUCUCCUCAUCGCCACCACCAGCACCGGAGGAGAAGAAGCAGAGAGAGGACCCCCAGCCGAGCAAGAACUCCACGUCUGGAGAGAAGCUCCCACCGGCGGACACGUGGGGAAUCGUCUCCCAAACAAAGUAUCCGAUCCAGUGUGGUGGUACCCACGAAAGCUGGUAGCGAGAGGCCCGAUUAUCCCCGGGAGUUGUUUAAAACCCCAGUGGCGGUCCCGAAGAGAAGUAAACUGCCCGAGGAAGGAACGCCCAAAGAGUGGAAGCACUUUAAGGCCGAAAAUUCCCUGCCGAAACUCGUCUCACCGUUACCUCCCACACCCGUGGUUGCCCAAGCAGAAGCUCCUCGGACUCCCGAGACGAAACCGCCGAUUGUCGCUGCCCCACCACCACCGCCGGUGCUCUUCAGAAGGGAAGUGAUUGGAAAGAGGGAGGGCACUCCGCCUCGCCACCGAAUUCCAGUUCGUCAGGCCCCAGUCUCCCCUCCGCCGGCCAGAGCAGGUGAACACACUCCUCCCCGAAUCUAUCCGUCCCAAGGAAUCGGAGGACAGAGCCAGCACGAGCAGGUUUAUCCGCCAGCUCUGGAACGACGUUCCCCUUGGAGUAGGGCACUGUUCAGGGCGCACUACCUCGCCCUCAGAUUGGCAAUAGAGUGGGGAUACCGACCAAGACCCCCUACGUGGCCCCGCUUCAGCGCAGCAGAGCUGGGACAGACUUCCCAGAGUUUCCGGGCUGUUCUAGAGGCCUUCCGGAACGUAACGUACCCCCCACAGGGGGAAGUGGAUGCCUGGAGCCCUCCCUGGUCCCGGCAACCGAAACCUGAUUCUUCGGGACAACGGCAGUAA